CUCCCUCUUCCCACUUGGUGGUUGAUGAUGGAGUCGACAACCUUGACAGCUCUCCACCUCGAUUUUUAGCCGUUUAUUCAUCCUUGUUCUUUUUCAAGUCUUUCAAGCCCUAGGGGCUACCACUGUGUGACUGCUUACUGCUGCUGCAUUUUACAGAGUACAAGGGAGGAGGGAUGUACUACUUAUGAUUGUACCUUGGUGAAGGAACACCGUCCGGAGGUACAACGGCUAUCCCCCCGCUUACCUAAUCCCACUCCUCGGGAAGCCAGCCACAAGGGACUUCGAGAGGCCAGGGAAAAAUUUCCAGACGCAAAAAAGCAGGAACACAAAGCACCGAGGCCGAUCCACAGAAUCCACUUACAGUCAUGGAUGCCAGGACCUCAGUUAAGCCCAAGCGCCAUAAAAAGAGGCAGUCCAGGACGCAAGUCUCCUCCGAUAGCGAGAGCGAUGCGGAGAGGCAGUCGGAACCCAAGCUUGAGCUGAAUGGAAAGGUCCAGAGCGCAUCCGCAUCAUCAUCUGCGGGAGCCAAGCCAGCAGCAAUGACUGAUGCGGAGGUCACGAGCGCUUUUACCAAGUACUACAUGCAGCGCGCGACGGAGGAGUUCUCGGACGACCUGGAUCGUGUCCGGGUCGCUGAUGACUUCAAAGGCGACGCGUUGCCGCUGCUGGUGAGUGCUCUCCAGCAAGGGACGUCGAUCUUCUCCAUCGAGGAGCAGCGGAGAGUCGUG